ACAAUCUCGUACAACUAACUACAUUUGAUAUAUUUGACUUCAUGUAAAUAAUUAAUUCAUGCAAUCUAGAAUGAACUUAUAAUCAAAUAUGAUGUGAUUCGUCAGCAUUUUAAAAGCGAUAGGCUACCUCUAUAAGUGAAUUUGAAUAUAUAUUUACUGCAUAUAUACUGGAUUAGGACGAUGCGCCGUAUCAAAUCUGAGUGGAAUCGAAGUUGAUUAAUCUGUUUUACUACGUACAGUAGACGGUACAAAGUUCUGAUCGUUGAUAUUUAAGAUAUUAUGAAGAGGCUUUGAAUGGCACUGUUUGACCCAUGACGUGUGGGGAGCGUUGUAAAAUGGUGCACAGUAUUGAGGAUGUAAGAAGUCCGUUGCUUUGGAGGGCGGUGCUAGCAGAGCUAAUAGGGACAUUAUUCCUGACAUUUAUAGGAUGUGGAUCGUGUAUAGGGUGGCUGGAUGAUUAUGAUCCUUCGAUGGUCCAAAUUGCCCUUGCAUUCGGCCUAGGGGUCGCAACAAUGGUGUGGAGCAUUGCGCAUGUCAGCGGAGGUCACAUCAACCCCGCCGUCACAUGCGGGAUGCUAGUAACUAGGAAAAUCUCAGUAGCUAGAAGUGUGUUCUACGUCAUCGCGCAAUCGAUAGGCGCUAUAGCAGGGGCGGGGAUUUUAAAAGGCGUCACGCCGGGUAAUUCGACACACAUUCAAGUUACUCUAGGCGCUACUACGGUGAACUCUCACGUCUCAGUUCAACAAGCGUUUGGGAUAGAGCUGAUGAUUACGUUCGUCCUAGUGUUUACGGUGUUUGCUUCGUGUGAUGGUAAACGCACAGACCUGAAAGGAUCGGGCCCUUUACAGAUAGGUCUUUCUGUAACACUCUGCCAUCUAUUUGCGAUUAAAUAUACAGGUUCCAGUAUGAAUCCUGCUCGCAGUUUGGGACCAGCUGUCGUCCAGGGAAUAUGGCAGGACCAUUGGGUCUAUUGGACUGGACCUAUUUUAGGCGGUGUAAUCGCCGCACUACUUUACGACUCCGUGUUUGCCGCCAACGCAUCUAUAACACGUGCUAAAGGUUACCUUAUGUCCAGCAACUACCAAGGAGAUGACUAUGAACCAGUAAAAGACAAAAUAGAACUAGUCGAAAAACUUCCUAUCGACGAUUGACAACGAACCGUCUCGGGAAAUAGUACAAGCGCAAAAGAAAAAAGUUCAAAAGUAGAUCCUAAUAAAAAUAUUAUGACUCCUGAUAAUGAUUCCGAUCUUGAAAAUGUUUUUGAAAGUAUAGAAAGGAAAGCUGAUGAGAAUAUUCUGAGUUCAUCUGAUCCAUGGUUACCUCGGCAGUUUAAUAGAGGAAAGAAAACCAGUGAAUUUGAAAGCUUACUUCCACCAACUCAACUGUCUUCUGAAUCUGGUCUCUAAAUAUAACAAUUCAUGAUAAAAAUUUGCGCUUGUUCUUUUUCGCGAGACACAAUCAGGAAGUCUCGUUUGUCGUAUGCAUGUAUGAAAAGAUCAUACAAGAGAAAAUCACAAUGACAUGAUUUCAACGGAAUGAACUACAAAGUAUUCGUUAAAAUGAUUGCAAUGUAAUAAUGUACAGACUAAAAAAGUAGCAGUGACAUGACGUAUCACACUG